AAGCAUGCUUAUGGCAGAUGAACACCUUGUUUUAGAUCAAACCUAGACUGCCUCCAUCAAUAUCCUUUCCCUCAGACUAAAGAAUAGCUGCUCAGAUCCGCCCAUCGCACGUUUGACAAGUUUAACUAGAAAUGUGUGCAGCUGCGCUAAAUUAAGCCGAGACGAAGACGCGCAAUGUUUAUUUUAUUAUUUUUCCUGCCCCUGUACGUGCGUUGAAACCACGCAUGUGUUGAAUUGCACUGCAGCAACGUGCUUCGUUUCCUCUUUGACCCCCCGACUUAAUCUGCAUUCAGAUACAGGCGCUCCAAUAUAUUCGCUGGCUGUUGGAUUUUCGGCUUUUCCUGGGCUGCUGCCUUUAUGUAAUUUUUUUCCCCACGAAUAAUUCCUAGGAUCUGUGCAGAAGAAGCAGCAGCCUGCUUGACGGGGCCGAUUCUACAUCUCCGCCGCAGCCCCCAAAGCUGAGGCGAGCAGCGAUGAGCGAGAUGUGUUAUAGCCGAAGCACCCAGUAAAGGAAGGGGCACGUUCAACAGCAAGAGAGGAAGGGGGGAAAAUAGCAGGAAGAUGGUGAUCAUGGCUUCUUCGGUUUUAACAUUGACUAUGACUGCAAAGCCUGCCUGUGGUUUAAAGAUGAUCUUUUGGGCAAUUCUCAUCGUCACUCUCCCGACCAGUUCAUUACAAAAGGAUGACGAUGACUAUGAAGAUAUUGCUGCCAAUAAAACAUGGGUGUUGACUCCAAAGGUGGUUGAAAGUGAUGUCACAAACAUUCUAAACAGCCUCCUGAAUGGUUACGACAACAAACUGAGACCGGAUAUAGGAGUUAAACCAACAAUGAUUCACACUGACAUGUACGUAAACAGCAUUGGCCCAGUGAAUGCCAUCAAUAUGGAAUAUACAAUUGACAUAUUUUUUGCCCAGACCUGGUAUGACAGACGCUUGAAAUUUAACAGCACAAUGAAAGUUUUGCGACUUAACAGUAAUAUGGUGGGAAAGAUCUGGAUACCGGACACAUUCUUUCGAAACUCAAAAAAGGCUGAUGCUCAUUGGAUAACAACACCCAAUCGAAUGCUUCGCAUUUGGAAUGAUGGGAGGAUACUUUAUACACUGAGGUUAACAAUUGAUGCAGAAUGCCAGCUAAAGCUGAACAACUUCCCAAUGGAUGAACAUUCAUGUCCUCUGGAAUUUUCAAGCUAUGGAUACCCCAAAGAAGAAAUUGUAUAUCUGUGGAAGAAAAGCUCUGUUGAAGUUGGAGACACAAGAUCUUGGAGAUUGUAUCAAUUCUCCUUUGUGGGACUGAGGAACACAAGUGAAGUUGUGAAAACCACGUCAGGAGAUUAUGUAGUCAUGACGGUUUUCUUUGACCUGAGCAGAAGGAUGGGCUAUUUCACCAUUCAAACUUACAUUCCAUGCACUCUGAUUGUUGUCUUGUCCUGGGUGUCCUUCUGGAUCAAUAAAGAUGCUGUUCCAGCUAGAACAUCCCUAGGAAUAACAACUGUCCUGACAAUGACCACCCUAAGUACCAUUGCCCGUAAAUCGCUGCCCAAAGUCUCAUAUGUGACAGCGAUGGAUUUGUUUGUCUCUGUCUGCUUCAUUUUUGUAUUUGCUGCACUGAUUGAGUACGGGACCCUUCAUUAUUUUGUCAGCAACAGGAAACCAAGCAAAGAUAAAGACAAAAAAAAGAAAAAUCCUCUGCUUCGACUGUUUUCCUCCAAGGCACCCACCGUUGACAUUCGGCCUCGUUCUGCCACUGCAAUUCAGAUGAAUAAUGCCACUCACCUUCAAGAGCGUGAUGAAGAGUAUGGUUAUGAGUGUCUCGAUGGAAAGGACUGCACCAGCUUUUUCUGCUGUUUUGAGGACUGCCGCUCUGGGGCUUGGAGGCAUGGAAGAUUACACAUCCGUGUGGCCAAAAUUGACUCCUAUGCCCGUAUCUUCUUCCCAACAGCGUUUGGUUUGUUUAAUCUGGUGUACUGGGUCUCCUAUCUCUAUCUUUAGGAAGAUUUUGUAGCUGGCCUAAGAAAAAAAAAAAAAAAAAGUAAAAGAACGAAAAUACGUUCCACUUGGAAGACCAUAACUUUUUUUGGCCAAGCAAAUUAAAGGUUUCAGUACUUACUAUGAUUUUUUUUUUCCUUCCUUCUUGGGGCGGGCUUUUUUUAAAUGAAGCAAGCAAAAUCUGUAGCAAAUUUCAAUUCAGUGGGAUGAUAUAUAUUUACUUCACUGCAUUUUUAGGCAAUGCACUAAGGAGCUGUGGUUCUUUGAAGAUGUAUCUAAGGUGAUGUGCUGUCUGUUUUCACCUUCACUGCUCGGAUAUGCACAUUGUAUUAAGACACACAGUCAGUUCCUGUAUCAAACAAUUCAGGGCUUGCAUUGUUACGAGUGUCUCAGACAGUGCAGCUAAGGUGGCUUUGGUGACAGACCCUCUCCCAUCACAUUUCCUGCCCAAAAUGGAGUCAGACGAAGCCAGUGCUGGGACCAAACUCAACAAUGUUGGCCUGCUCUCUAGAUAAUGCAUUCUUUGCAAGAGCAACAGAUUUGUUAAAGUAGUAAUGUAAGGGUCUUUACAAAUGUGGUCCACACAAAAGGCACUGUAAAUGAAAAAACAAAAAAUCUUUAAGAUUGAUUAAGUAACUCCUUCCAAAAAUCUAUUUUUUUAAUAAAAUACAUAAAGUAUUGGGGAAAACCACAUUUUGGCCAAAAUGUAAAGAAUAGUCUGUUAAAUUGUAUUUAUUGGAUGUGUUAAACAUCUCAAGAUACAUUGGGAAAGAGGCUUAGAUGAAGCAUUAAAUGUGUUAAAAUGGAGACUUUAUAUAAUGGGGACAUGGCAACAAAACAUACACUCAAUGAUCUAAUGUUAAAAACAAAAGUCUUGUAAAUAUGUGGAUACAUUGUAGUGGUUUCAUUUUACUGCAUGCAACUUUCAGGCCAAAAAAAUAUCUUUGUUUUUGUUGUCCAUGUAAAGAAGACAACCUGUCAAAACCCUGAUUUUUAUCUUUUUUUUUUUUAUGUGUGUUUGUCUGCUUUCUGGCCACGUCCCAUGCACAUGUGAUCUAAGCAGCAGAAAGAUUUCCAGUUCGAUUUACACCAGCUGUAUAAAAUGUAGACGCACAAGAAUGAGACAAAGUCACAAGCUCCCCACUUAAACACUAUUAGAGGCAUUCUAGCAUCCAGGCACCCCACAAGAAAAUGGAAGUUCAUAGUCAUUUGUAUGGCAAGCUGCUAUUAGACAAAAUAUCACAUACACAUAUACUGUUUUUGGGUAUAUUUCACUUUUUUAAAUAGAAUGAGAGGGGUCUAAGUACAGCCUGCAAUACAUAUAACCUACAUAUAACCCACAACGUCAAUCACAAAACGCCCUUUGAGCCAGAUAACCUAAUCUUAACCAUAGUGUAAUGCAAUGGGGAUUUUGUUACUAAAAAAUUAAGGGCCUUUUGUGAUGUCAGGGCUUUACUUGACUGACCUCAUAGGUACUGCGGACUGCAAGCUUCCAAGGAAGUUGAGCGUUAGAUGUACAAUGUCUGGCAAAAAGGCCGUGGUUUCAUUCUGUUGAGAAAAAUACUUGUUGUUAUUGUUGUUGUUUAAUCAUUUAGUGAAGUCUGAUUCUGUGUGUCCUGAUGGACUUUAGUGCACCAGGCCUUACUAUCCGAAAUUGCUUCUCCAGUAUUCCUUGAAGGUCAUAUGCAUUGUCUAUCCAUCUUGACCUCUAUCAUCUUCUUCUCCUUUUGCAUUCAAUUUUCCCCUAACAUGAGAGUGUUCUCCAGGGAAUCCCGUCUUCUCAUUAUGUGGCCAAAGUAUGUGUGCUUCUCUAUGACAAGCAAGCCUACCAAUGAGAACUCUGGUUAUAUUUCUUUAAAUAAUUUUUAUUAACACAUGCUAAUGCCAUGUACCUUUUCAGAAAAAAAAAACAGUGCAUAUGUAUGUAGUUAUGUAUGUAUGUGUACACUUAUCGAUGCUAGGAGAUGUCCCAAUAUGUGUUUUUCAAGAUGUAAUUGUCUCACACAGACUUAUCCUAAGCAUGUGAAGCGAUGCACAGCGGUAUUCCAUGAGAGUUUCAGUGCUGUAUCAGUUUAGCUAUUGUUUGCAUUUUGCUUUGGACUUGUGUUUGUUUAGUCUUCAUAAGUGAUUUCCGAUGACCUCAAAAAGUCAAUGUGCCAAGCACCCUUCAGAUUAUCUUGUUGCUCCUGCUGCUAAAAGAUGAGAACAUUAGACACUCUAACCACAAAUUGUAAACAAUAUAAAAACAGAAAAGUAUUUUAUUUCUCAACACUUAUGGUUGUUUGGAAUCGAAUUUUAAUGGUCAGAAUAGUGGUGGACAGUUCCAGGUAAUAUUUUAUUGUGUUUCUAUAUUGGAAAAUUAUUACCACUAUAUGUAAUUGGAUAAUUUUUUAAUUGGCAGUAAUACGCUUACUGCAGAGUAGUCUCUGUCAAGAUCAACUUAAGGAUGUCCGCAAAGGUAGCAAAAAAAAAAAAUUUAAAAAAAUUAAGAAAUAGCCUACUGGCUCCUCUUCUUGGAAUGUGCAAUCCUUUUCCUGUUGAUAGCAGAGUGGGUACACUUAAAUUAAAUACGUUUCUGGCCUGUGGCAGCCACUCCCUUGGUGUUCACACCGUUAUUAUAGGCAAAGCCGAGCAUUCUUUUUUCUUUCCCAGUUCCCGUUUAUACCUUCCAAGGGUCAUGUGACUUGAAGAGUCCUCUUCCAUGUUCCGUGAUGUUCUUGGAGCUUUCUGAUCACCUUCAGGAGCAUGUCCUGUCUUUUACAAUUUUGUCCUGCUCCACAAAAGAUGUAGAACAGGCUUUGAGACAUCUGGAGUUUACAACCUGUUUUUUUAUUGUUCUCCCAGCAGGAUUUGCAUAUGUGUCAAUAAACAAAUACUUUGUCUUAUCAGCCAGUUCAUAGUAAAUAGAGUGCUUUAAAUUUGUGUAGAAAUAUGAAACAUUUUCUCCAUGUCUUAAUAAAUAUUCAAAUAAACAUCAUUCAUAGCUCCAUAAACAUCAAAGCAAUAUUAACUUCCUUUUACAUGUUCUAUUAGUCAUAUCUGAUCUGAUGAUUGAUUCACGAAGAUGGUUCAUAUAAAGGAAUUUUUCUGUGGCAAAUCAUUCUUAACAUGGUGAACAAAUGCCCAAGAAUUAUUUUGGAAUAAGUACGUUUGUCAUAUAAAGCAUGUUGCGUACUUCCAGUUUUACCAAAGGGGUGCCUUAUACUUAAAUCCCUUCAUUUCCAAAAACUUUUUUUUCUAGUACAUUGUCACAAUUUGAAAAAGAAGAAACCCAUUUAAAAAAAAUAAGAUAACAGCUGUUGCCAUUUUUUCAUAUUUCAAUCCAUGCAGCUACUGAAUUUGUGACUAAUGUGUACAGACAUGACUACAUGUGUACAGUAAUGCUUGUGUCCCAUAUAAUCUAAAUAAUCAAAAUACUGCACAGUGAGUCCCUCAGUACUAGACACUUGGUCAGCAACAAACACACUCUUUUAAAUAAACUACAAAAAUAUAAAUUCCUUUGUCACUUUUUUAUCCCAUCUUCAAAUGUGCCAAUAGCUUUUUCUCUUCAACACUGAUUCCUUGACGUAUUGUAUGUAAAUUAAGUAUCUGUGCUGUGAUGUGACCUCCUCGCAUCUGUCCUGUACUGUAGGUGUUUUACAGUACAUCAGUCCUAGGGGACAGUAUUUAUACAAGAAUAUUUUAUUUAUUUUAGGUAUUUUUUAAUUGCCACAAAUCAUGAAAACAAACAUUUUAGAUUAGCAACUGAAGGAAAUGAAGAUGAAUGACAUCAAAAUGUAUUUCACUUUUUGAAUGUUUGUAAUUUAUUUUACAUGGACCUUGCUAAUAAUAAUUGCUAUUGAGUAUUGGGUGAUUUCUGAAGCCUUAGUUUAAUUUUUUUUUUCUAUUUUUUGGGGGGGGGGAAAUUGAGAACACUGUGGAAAAAAAUCCUUAUUAAGCUGCAAUUUUUGUAAAUAAUUACCCAUAUGUGCAAAGAAAAUGUAUUGCAGCUCUGAAGCAAGGCACUUACAUGCAAGCCUGAAAUGAAAGCAGACAAUGAAUACAAUAGCAAUGGGUUUGCUUUAUUUCAUUUGGGGUAAUGAUGAUGACAAUAUUUUGACCUGUUUCAGUAUCACUUCAGUAUUCCUGUUUGUAAGUUCACACUGUAAUUAUUUGUAUCACUCCAUGCUGCCCGCUCCUGUAUUUCCUUGUAUCCCAAGGGAUCUUUCUUUGCUGCAUUGGGAAGACUGAUUUUUAUAGAACGAAAUGCCAGAUGGUAGCCCCCACAGAAAGUGAAGCUGCUUGCACAUGUGCUAUAAUUGCACUCUCUAAUGUUAUGCAUCUCUGUGUUCUAAAUCAACAAAAAAAGAAAUAAACUGAAACAAUUAAUUGA